AUGGGACAACCACAACAACAUGCUGCCCAGUCAGGAGGCUCGAGGAAGAUCUCUUUCAAUGUCUCGGACCAAUAUGACAUUCAGGACGUCAUUGGUGAAGGCGCUUAUGGAGUUGUUUGUUCUGCCUUACACAAGCCGUCUGGCCAAAAGGUUGCGAUCAAGAAGAUCACCCCUUUCGAUCACUCCAUGUUCUGUUUACGCACAUUACGAGAAAUGAAACUGCUACGAUACUUCAAUCACGAAAACAUCAUCUCCAUUCUUGACAUUCAAAAGCCACGAAAUUUCGAGACAUUCACCGAAGUCUACUUGAUUCAGGAACUGAUGGAGACAGACAUGCAUCGUGUGAUCAGAACCCAGGAUCUUUCAGACGACCAUUGCCAGUAUUUCAUCUAUCAAACCCUCCGCGCCCUCAAGGCCAUGCACUCUGCGAAUGUGUUGCACCGAGAUCUGAAGCCAUCGAAUCUGUUGCUCAAUGCCAACUGCGACCUCAAAGUCUGCGAUUUCGGGCUCGCCAGGUCUGCGGCCUCUGCAGACGACAACUCCGGGUUCAUGACCGAAUACGUGGCAACCAGAUGGUAUCGCGCUCCUGAAAUCAUGCUCACUUUCAAAGAGUAUACGAAAGCCAUUGAUGUCUGGAGUGUUGGAUGCAUCCUUGCAGAGAUGUUGAGCGGAAAGCCCUUGUUUCCGGGCAAAGACUAUCAUCAUCAACUCACUCUGAUCUUGGACGUCCUCGGUACUCCCACGAUGGAAGAUUACUACGGCAUCAAGUCUCGGCGUGCCCGGGAAUACAUUCGAUCGCUCCCAUUCAAGAAGAAGAUUCCCCUCAAGGCGCUCUUCCCCAAGACCUCGGAUCUUGCGUUAGAUCUCCUGGAGAAACUUCUCGCCUUCAAUCCUGUCAAACGUAUCACCGUCGAAGAGGCCCUGAAGCACCCUUACCUCGAGCCGUACCAUGACCCUGACGAUGAGCCGACUGCCGAGCCGAUUCCGGAGGAGUUCUUCGAUUUCGACCGUAAUAAGGAUCAGCUGAGCAAAGAGGAAUUGAAGGCCUUGAUUUGGAACGAGAUCAUGAGAUGA